AUGGACGUCUUGCACGCCCUCUAUAAAACGUUGAUAAACGAUUUUUGCAAACCUGUCCAGUUAUUAAUGUGCAGAGAUGGAAACGAUGUUCUGUUUCCAUUAGAACCGCCAUUAAGUUCCUUCUCUGAUGAAAAAGAUCAACAAAACAAUGCAAUUCCUCAACAACUCGAUAUCCGAAAAGUUCUCGAUUCUUUAUAUGAGGAUGUUAAUAAUGAUAAACAACGAAAGCAAGUCGAUGUAACCAGCUCAAGUACUAUAAAUGGUGUUGAUCCACUUUUCCCAUUUGAUCAAAAAAAACUUCGUGCUCGUCAAUUUCGAUUAACGUGUCCGUUGGUAUCUCGUCAAAGUAUUUCGAAUAUCGAAGACACCUAUGGGGUUCGACUAGAUAGUGACACUCGGCUAUGUGAAGGUCCUUAUGUUAUUUUGCACACACACCUCAUUAAAGUUCAUAAACUCAAUAGAUCAUGUGCCACAACAUUAGUCAAUGCCAUUCAGGAGCAACAAAUUGAACAAAAUGCAAUAUCAAGUUUAGAAAUGGAAGUGAACAAAGGAAGAAUAUGA